AUGGCUGUCCUGGGACCACUCGAUCGGCGCACUGCUCGUACCAGGUGCGCGGCCUGUACACGACGCAGAAUCAAGGUCAGCAACUCCUUCUCAUCGAAUCUGCCAGCGAAAACAGUUCAUUCCUUCCCCCCCGGCUCUAUUUUGACCCUCUGUAGUGCGAAGGUGGUCCUCCCUGUCGGUAUUCAAUGCGUCCCUCAAGCAGUUCAGCCAAAGGCUAGCGUUGUCUUUGUCAAUGUCACUGCGCCAUCCAAAAGGUCCGACUGUCUCUCGCCCCCCACUCAUCUUCCCACACUUAGGCUCUGCCCCAAGGUUUCGGAAGGAAGCUCAGCUCUAUUUGUAAAGCAUUUCUUCUCAGACUUUCUGGCAAGAAAUGACUUUGGUGGCCCCCUGGACCUCGGCUCUAUCAUGUCGGAAUUCCAGAGGUCUCCCAGCAUGUAUCACGCAUCCAUUGCCCUGGGUGCACUUGAUCUGAGUAGGAAGACGCUGUUGAAUAUACCUCUGGAGAGGAAAGAUGCGGCUGUGGGAGCAUUAACGGCCUACCACACGUCGAUCGCCAAAUUGAAAGUCGAGAUUGUAAGCAACAGCGUGCCACCAGACGUCAAUUUAUGGACUACGUUUUUCUUGGGACUGUUCGAAGUAGGUCAACAGUGCCUUGGCCGCAAAUUAUAUCAGAAGCUUGAGGUUAACCCUUUCGAUUAG